AGUAAUUGCAUCUCACUUCGGACGCCAUGUGCGAGCCUCCUCCUGCUUAUGAAACGCUAAAUAAAUCGAGCUAUCCACGAACACCGACAGCUCCCAUUCUUACACCAUGCCAACCAUCUCCGAGCGUAUAUUGCGUGCCCUACUCAACAAUGGAGCAGCCGGGUAACUCCAGUUUUCCAGGACCUCCACCAAAUCCUGCUUUCGUAACUAUCACUUUUGGUGGAGAUGCUGUAUGUAUGGUGUGUCCGCAUUGCAAUCAACAGAUCAUCACUAGAAUCUCCCCCAGACCUGGUGCAUUUGCGUACUUCUUGUGCGUCAUUAUGAUUUUAUUUGGAUGCUGGUUGUGCUGCUUCAUUCCAUUUUGCAUCGAAGGAUGCCAGGAUACUGAACAUAGGUGUCCAAACUGCGACAGAGUUUUGGGAAUCUAUCGAAGGAUAUAAAUAACAUCUUCGUAAAACAGAUCGCAAGUUUGUACCUUACGUCAGGGAAUACCCACAAGUUGUUGUGCUUAUGUUGCUGGACUGUGAUUGAUAUUGAUUUUCCUUUUUUUGAAAUAAGAGCUAUGACAACUGUUUGCGUAGCUGAUUAGAAUACUGACACCAAAAG